CGCCCAAGUCGGAGCAACAGCCCCUCCCCCCAAAAAGUUCGACUGUUUGUCCGUCAAGCAUCGCGCGAAUGCUCAACUAAGCAGUGACUGUGGCGUACAGAAUGCAUGAAAUGUAUCAACUGAAGUUCACUUCACUGUUUGUCGGGCUGUUGGCCCCGGGGAUUGUGAUGUGCGCAUUCACGUUCGAUGUGCCUCAAUAUGCGCUUAGGCGCUCUGUACAGAACUGCUGCAACUCUCGCGUACUGCGGGUUAUCAAGGACCUGGAGGACGGGAAGUCCCUCACAUUAGCGGUGGUUGGGGGCAGCUUCUCGCUCCCGGACCAGAUCAAACACGAAGACGUGUGGUUCAGCCAGCUGGUCCGCUACCUGCGGGACACCUACCCGCGCGCCAACAUCACAGCCAUCAACGCGGCGGUGGGCGCGUCGAACGCAGGAUUUGGGUUCCUAUGCCUUAGCAAGAUGCUGCCUCCAACGGUGGACCUAGUGUUUCUGGACUAUGGGCCAAAUGUGGUGACGUGGAGCUGCGACAUGACGGGCCAGCACCAAUACUACGAGCAACUCAUUCGGCAGCUGCUGGCGUAUCCAGGCAACCCGGCAGUGGUUGCCAUCGAGCAACUGCUCCCCAACAAGAAGCCCAUGUACAUGUACUCGGAGGUCACGGCCAGCGCGCUGUACCGCUACUACGACAUGCCCUACAUCUCAGCAUCAACCGGCAUCUUCCGGCUCCAGGCGCUGAAUGUCAGCGGCUUUGCGGAACACGAGAUCCGCAUGCCGAACCCCGUCUGGGGCUUCUGGCAUUACAGCCCACGAGGUCACAAGCUUAUAAUGGACAUGGUGGUGCACAUGCUUCAGUCCGCGGCCGCCAGCAACCUGGCCGGCAUAUGGCCGGAGCAGCGUGAUCCCUUCUGGGUGGACGAGGUCCCGGGCGGCCGCACGCACACCACACUGCUGCCGCAGCACCCCAUCAAGCAGCCGCUGCUGUGUAUCAUGCCGGAGGAGCUGCCCAAGUAUGUGGAGUCCCACAAGGGCUGGGAGUUUGGAGCUGACGACCCGCGCAAGCGCAAGUUCGGCUACAUCUCCUACCGGAAAAAGAACAGCAAGAAGGACAACCUGCUGCGGAUCAGAUGGGACCGCUCGGCCAUUGGAAACAAAGUCGGGUCGACCGCGACUUCCUUCGCCCUCAUCCUCGUGUACUUGGCCUCUUACUCCGGCAUGGGCAGUGCACGGCUGUCGUGCUCGGGCGGAUGCUCGUGCGAGGCGCAGAACAUCGAUGCAACCAUCUCUGACUUCUCGCUUUCCAAGGUCCGGCCAGUCAGUGUGAACCUGCUGCCGCCGUCCACUGGAGGUGGCGCAGACGCCGCUUGCCAGGUGGAGGUGGUGAACACCAGCCCGGGCGGCAAGCAUGCCAAGUUCAAGGUCACAGGCUUCGUGCUCGCCGAGAUGUACCCCGGCAGGGAGAAGGAGAUCGGAAAGGUUGCGUUCAUGAACCACGAAGGUGGUGUGAGGUCAGCGACAGUGAACUAGUAGCAGUAGGCUGUGAUGUUGUGUACAACACCACAUGGUCUUGGGGCAACAUACAGGCACUUAUGGCCUUCGUGUGGGGUUUGGGCAGCGGGUAGCACUUUCCAGCUGUUUCCUGAGGGGAGCAAACUACAAGGAGCGCGCUAAAGUGGAGUGGGCAGCGACGUGCAUCACGUCAAGUCGGGAGCUGGGUCCGGGUUGUAGACCGCGGGUAUGGAUCAUCUCGCAGUAUUCAUCUGAUGGCGUGAACUAGCACUCUCGCCUCGCCAGCAGGGGCCACUUCCGCAUUGCAAACAGAACCAACGGGAUUGUGCAUGACGUACAACUGAGCUUUCGUGUUUGAAGAGAAGAAGUAUGAACGGGGUUUCCCUGUGACGGUAUGUGGUGCGUUUGUUCCAACGCAGGCAAAACAGGAAGUGAUCAGUACCGUAUUCUUGCGUUACCGGGGUAGGGUAGGCAGGUAGGCAGGUAGUUGCAGGCAUUUCCGACCUCACGAGGCGUGAGGGGCCAGUGGGCCCCGGGACGCAUCUUGCAGUGGGGCAUAGCAGUGGGGGGCUCGGAGCUGAUGGGCAGGUAAGGCGAUGGGGGUGGGGUGGCGGCGGUGGCGGUGGGGGUGGUGGUGGCGGUGGUGGUACGUGGGCCCGUAGUCGGCUGCGUUGUAGCAGACCCGCCGGGUGGCUGACACGGGCAGGCGAUUGAGGUGAUGGGUGGGACGGCACGGGUUCGGGGUUGUGAGGAGCGUGAUCACUGAUACUGAGCAGGUGACCACAACGGCACAAUUCGGAUGGAGGUGGCCGCAGUACACUGCGGCACUGGACUGACACGGCAUGGGGCGAAAUCUGGGACCGACUGACAUGCUGGUAGCUUGGGUGGGGGGCCCGGUGUGGACCGCAUGUACUGUGCACGGGAUUUGUCUGCGCUGCACGUGACCAAACGGCACACCACGGUACAUACAAAAGGUUCACCAUUAAUGCACAGGUGACUGCAUAAGCUGAUUCUGCUGCUUCCAGCAAGCGCGCAGGCUGAGGUGUCUAGGUAGCGGUCCGCGGUGGGGCUGGCAGGGCAUGCGUAGCGGCAUGACAAGUAGUGCGGCUGUUGACAACUGUGCUGCGUCUGGCUGCGGUUGGCUCUGCUGUGGCAUCGGGAUUGCUCGGCAUCUGAUUUGGCUAUGUGCCUGUGGAAACCGACCCCGGCUAAGUCCG